CUUGCAACCAAUCAGGUCUUUUAUUUUGAAGUGAUGGAAUAUGGCGCACAUCGAAAGCUAAAAGGUAGAGAUUAACUUGGCAAAUAGACAGCAAGAAGUUCGUGUAUUUCCUAAUAUCCGAACCCUGACUAAUAAGACGGGUGAAAAGCUACCAGAUUAACUAGCGUUGUUAAAAGCAGUGAAUUUCUCGGUGUAGCUGCUGUCUUGGGGUACUUUUCUGGGGUUUUUCUUUACACAUUUAUAAACUCCUGGUUGGUCUAUAUAGUGCCUGUGUGUGUAUAUAACAAGCUCGCGCGCGGUUCAUGAGCUAGCUAGCUAGCACAGCGCCUGCUCUCCUUAUGUGAUGCUCUACGUUAGCACCUUAUUAAAGCUGAAAAGCUGACCGUGUUUGCGUUUGGACGCUUAUCGUGAAGAUGACUGAGAGUAGAGAAGAGCGUCGUUUCGCUGAAGUAUCCCGAGACUCCAUCAGACUGAUGGCGGAGAGCGCCGGGGUCGAGCUGGGUGAGGAGUUAGCCUCGAUGCUCGCCGAGGACGUGUGUUACCGCCUCAGAGAAGCGACACAGAACAGCUCACAGUUCAUGAGACACGCCAAGAGACGCAAACUGACUGUAGAGGACUUCAACAGAGGACUGCGCUGGAGCAACACUGAGGUUAUUUGCGGUUACGGUGCCCAAGAUGCCGUACCAUUCCGUCCGCUGAAAGAGGGCGAUCUUUUCUUUGUUGAGGAUCGAGAGGUUAACCUGGUCGAGUUGGCUCUUGCCACCAACAUUCCCAAGGGAUGUGCUGAGACAACAGUGCGAGUGCAUGUGUCUUAUCUCGAUGGAAAAGGAAAUCUGGAACCUCAGGGCACAGUCCCCAGUGCUGUACAGUCUCUGUCAGAUGACCUACUCAAGUAUUACCAGCAGAUCACUAGAGCCAUAUUAGGAGAGGAUCCACAUCUUAUGAAGGUUGCUUUAAUGGAUCUUCAGUCCAACUCCAAGAUUGCCGCUCUCCUGCCUUAUUUUGUUUAUGUCAUCAGUGGGGUGAAGUCUGUAAGUCAUGAUCUGGAUCAGCUGAACCGGCUGUUGCACAUGGUGAAGAGUCUGGUUCAGAACCCAUACCUGUAUCUUGGCUCCUAUGUGCGCAGUCUGGUUUCCAGCGUUAUGUACUGCAUCCUGGAGCCACUUGCCGCAUCUAUUAAUCCACUCAAUGACCACUGGACCCUGAGGGACUACGCUGCUCUGCUUCUCAGCCAUAUCUUCUGGACUCACGGUGAUCUGGUGAGUGGAUUGUACCGUCAGAUUCUGUUGUCACUGCAGAAAGUCCUGUCAGACCCAGUGCGUCCUCUUUGCUCUCACUAUGGAGCUGUGGUCGGCUUGCACGCUCUCGGCUGGAAGGCUGUAGAGCGUGUGUUGUAUCCCCACCUGCCUGCCUACUGGGCGAAUCUGCAAGCCGUGCUGGAUGAUUACUCUGUCUCUAAUGCGCAAGUAAAAGCAGAUGGGCACAAAGUCUAUGGAGCCAUUCUGGUGGCGGUGGAGCGUCUGCUAAAAAUGAAAGCUGUGAGUUUGACUGCAGAAGGGGGUCCAGCUGCUCUUCAGAGUUCUGCGGGAGGAGGGAUGUGCUUCAGAGAGAGCUCACCAGGCCUCAGUCCCCCUCCUGAACCCCUCUCUGAAGCCCCUCUGGGUAUCGCAAGCCACUUGCAGGCAGCUGGAACAGGAUGCCAGUGGGAGGAGUGGACCCCUGUCUCUCUGCCUGCCAUGUACUGUGAGCUCUACUCCUUCUUUGGAGACAGUUUGGCUGUGCGUUUUAGCACAGGGCCUGCAUUAGGCAGUGCACCACCUGCAGCCCCAGUGCAACCUUCUGAUGCCAGGAAAGAGUCGGGGAGUGGCGCAGGCAGCAUGGAGAGCACACGCAAGAUGCCACAGCUCACUGCUAGCAUGAACCUCAGCCCCAGACCAGAUGGAAGCCCACGUACUGAGACUGUACCACCUACUCUGGGUGCUACUGCAUCAGGGAGGUCUCUGGCACGCUCUUCUUCCUCCUCCUCAUCCGCAGUCCCUCGUUCCAGGUCCUCCUCCCGUCCAGGGCGUUCUGCCAGCCAGUCAAGAGACAUCUUCCCAAAAGCUCGUUUCCUGCCUUCCCAGGUGGGGCCUCCAGCCUUCUCCUUUUUGAUUGGUGGGCGACAGAUGGGCCGGCGAUGCCAGGGACGACGUUUCCAGACGAGCUUCACUCCAACUCCAUCCGUCAGCUCCCUUCCUCCACGGGCCUACGCCCACAAACUGCCAGUCAUCGGGAGAGUGAGCAAACCAGUGAGGCGCUGGACGUGCUCUCAUUAUUCACUGUAUCUGCCUCUUUAAGGCACACAGAGACACUGGGUUGGCUGGUUGUACUGUGGAACCAGCUACUUAAGCUUCCUCAUGAACUGUUUCCCCCUUGAACUCUUUAAAGCACUAGAUUUAGAAAGAACAGCUGCAUAACUGUUCUUAGGCUGACCACAGACAUGUUUUUUUCAACACACCAUGACCUUAAUACCAGCAGUUAGAUUUAUUUGUGAAAUACUUUUUUGUUGGUUGUCUUUCAAGACGUUGUAUCAUGUAAGUGGAAAUAUUGUAAAAUAAAGCCAUGCACACUGUGA